AAAAGUGGCGCCAAAAGAAACAUGAACGCGCGUCUCCUCAAUGCUUUCUCCUAAGAACGUCGUAUCGUCCACGCGCCGCCUAUUCUGCAGUUGCAUUUAUGCUGACCCAGCUUUCAGUUCACGCACCAAAGCCUUGUAUUUUAGCUCUAACUCAGUUUCAGGGCACCGCAUUUUCACAAUUUAUGAUGACAAGAAACAAGUUCAAGUUCAUCCUCAGAACGCUGGAGUUAUUACAUUUGAAACUCCCGAGUUUGCCCUUUCUCAGAAGUAUGACUUUUUGAUUGAAAAAUAUCGAUUUUCUCGAUCCAAUUUCGAGGCCAAACGGUUCCAUUCAGGUAUAAUCAAGAAUGGGUUUGUUGGCGAUUUGUUUAUGGGCAAUACGCUCAUUAACGUGUAUGCCAGAAAUGGAGAUUUGGUGUCCGCUCAUAACGUGUUCGAUGAAAUGCCUGAUAGGAAUUCCGUUACGUGGGCCUGCUUGGUUUCUGGGUAUACUCAGAAUGAGAUGCCUAGAGAUGCAUUUGCUACCUUUGGAAGAAUGUUAUCGGCAGGAUUUAUUCCAAACCAUUACGCACUCGGGAGUGCUUUAAGAGCGUGUCAGAGAUUGGGAGCUGAGGGGUUAAAACAUGGGAUGCAAAUUCACGGUUUAGUUUCGAAAACCCGUUAUGCAUCUGAUGUAGUCGUCUGCAAUGUCUUGAUUUCAAUGUACAACGGUUGCAUUUCGGGUCCCACUGGUACUGAUUAUGCUUGGCGUGUUUUUGAUGGGAUCGCAAACAAGAAUUCGAUAUCGUGGAAUUCAAUCAUAUCCGUUUAUUCUCAGAGAGGGGAUGCAGAUUCUGCAUUUGGUCUUUUCUCCGAUAUGCAAAAGGAAGGUGUAGGGUUUAGUUUUAGGCCCACUGAGUACACAUUUGGCAGUUUGAUAGCUGCUGCAUCCGAAACCCGUAAAGCAGAUAGUGGUUCCUUACUGCUCAAGCAGUUGUUGGCAAAAAUCGAGGUUUCUGGACUUGUAGAAGAUUUGUAUGUGGGCAGUGCUCUGGUGAGUGGUUUUGCAAGGUUUGGUGCAAUUGAUAUUGCCAAGAGUAUCUUUGAGCAGAUGGGUGCAAGAAAUGCAGUGUCGACAAACGGCUUGAUGGUUGGAUUAGUGAAACUUAAGCAAGGGGAAGAAGCAGCAGAGGUUUUCUUGGGGACGAGAAACCUAAUUAGACUAAACACUGAUAGUUAUGUACUUCUUUUGAGCGCCUUCGGCGAAUUCUCGUGUCCAGAAGAAGGGAAAAGGAAAGGGAAAGAGGUGCACGGAUAUCUCACACGAACAGGAGUAAAUGAUUCGAGUAUUUCUGUUGGGAACAGCUUGAUAAAUAUGUAUGCCAAAUGUGGUUCUAUCGAAGAUGCUUCUUCUGUUUUCAACUCGAUGCCUGCCAAAGAUUCGGUUUCAUGGAGCUCUAUGAUUUCCGGGCUCGACCAAAAUGAGUAUUUUGAAGAUGCAUUGUUGAUUUUCUACAGAAUGAAGAAAACUGGACUAGUACCUUCGAAUUUCACGCUGAUCAGCUCUUUAAGUUCGUGCAGCAGUCUUGGCUGGAUGAAGGUGGGAGAACAAAUACACAGCGAAGCAAUAAAAUUAGGACUCGAUUCGGAUGUUUCGGUAUCAAAUACCCUUCUCUCGCUAUACGCCGACACUGGAUGCAUCAGCGAGUGCAGAAAAGUGUUCUCCUUCAUGCACGAUCACGAUCAAGUGUCGUGGAAUUCAGUCGUAAGGGCUUUUAGUGAUGAUUCCGAGGCGUCCAUUAUUGAAGCCGCAAAUUAUUUCGUAGAGAUGAUGCGAGCUGGAUGGAGCCCCAACAAUAUAACCUUAACGAACAUUCUUGCAGCAGCAGCAUCUCUUUCACACGUCGAAUUCGCACAGCAAAUUCACGCCUUGGUGUUGAAGCAUCGCCUUACGUGUGACAACACGGUUAAUAAUUCUCUACUCACUUGCUAUGGAAAGUGCGGAGAAUUAAAUGACUGCGAAAGAAUAUUUUCAAGAAUGGCCGAAAGGGAUGAUGUCAGCUGGAAUGCAAUGAUUUCGGGGUAUAUACACGGUGAGCAAUUGGUGAAGGCUAUGGAGUUAGUCUGGCUUAUGUUGCGUAACGGACAGAGAUUAGAUUGCUUCACUUUCGCCACAGUUCUUAGUGCUUGUGCUUCGGUAGCAACACUAGAGCACGGAAUGGAGGUCCAUGCUUGUGCAACUAGAGCUUGUUUGGUAUCUGACGUGGUUAUCGGUAGUGCACUUGUUGACAUGUACGCUAAAUGUGGGAGAAUAGAAUAUGCUUCAAGAUUCUUCGAGUUGAUGCCUCUCCGAAACGUAUACUCAUGGAAUUCCAUGAUAUCUGGUUAUGCACGCCAUGGUGACGGACACAAAGCUCUCGAAAUAUUUGCGCAGAUGAAACUGAAAAACCAGCCACCAGAUCAUGUGACAUUCGUAGGGGUGUUAUCGGCUUGUAGCCAUGUCGGAUUAGUCAACCAAGGGUUUGACCAUUUCGAGUCCAUGAGUAGAAUUUACGGGCUCACACCAAGAAUCGAGCACUUUUCUUGCAUGGCCGACCUCUUGGGCCGAUCGGGCGAAUUCGAAAAGUUGGAGGACUUCAUAAGCAAGAUGCCGAUGAAGCCGAAUGCCUUAAUAUGGAGGACUGUUUUAGGUGCUUGUGGAAGAUCGAAAUCGAACGGUCGAUUGAUGAAUUUAGGCGAAAGGGCUGCUAAAAUGAUAAUGGAAUUGGAGCCUCAAAAUGCUGUGAAUUACGUGCUUCUUGCUAAUAUGUAUGCUUCUGGAGAAAAAUGGGAUCUUGUGGCUGAGGCAAGAAGGGCAAUGAAAGCGGCAAUGGCUAGAAAAGAAACGGGGUGCAGUUGGGUGACUAUGAAAGAUGGGAUACACGUUUUUGUGUCGGGUGAUAAAUCGCAUGUUGAUAAAGAUUUAAUAUACGAAAAGCUCAGUGAAUUGAGUGGGAAAAUGAAGGCUUUGGGGUAUGUUCCCGAGACGAGAUACGCACUUUAUGAUGUUGAAGUGGAGAAUAAGGAAGAAGUGUUGAGCUACCACAGUGAGAGGCUUGCGGUUGCUUUUGUGCUUACGAGGGAAUUGGAAUCGGAAAUGCCGAUUAGGAUAAUGAAGAAUCUUCGAGUUUGUGUGGACUGUCAUUCGGUUUUUAAGUAUGUAUCAGAGAUUGUCGGGAGGCGGAUUGUGUUGAGGGAUUCGAAUAGGUUUCAUCAUUUUGCGGGUGGCAAGUGUUCGUGCAAUGAUUACUGGUGAUUCUUGAAUGUUUGAUUUUAUGCUUAUUUACCGUCUUCUCUUUAAUCGAUUUUAUGAGGGGGUUUUUUGCCUUAGAAUAAGAUGUUGCUCAAGCCUAAUCUGAUUUAGAGAUCUCUCGUG